AUGGUGGUGGCUGUGUCCAUCAUGGUAUUCCUGUGGUUCACACAAGUUCACCGUUACCUGUACAACGUCUUGUACGGGCCGUUCGUCCUCAGCGAACAGGAGAUUGUGGACACUACACGCCGCAACUUGUGGAAACAGUACGUUCAGGCUGAACAGGAAGCCAGACGCCGCCGUGAGCAAGAAGAAGUGACCAGACGCCACCGUGAGCAGGAUGAAGAGAUCAGACGCCACCGCGGUGAGCAGGAUGAAGCGAUCAACGCGUUUUUUGCCAGCCUGGAUGAAAGAGCGGACGAACGCCCUGCCACAGAGGGGGCUGUUGGAGAAAUGAGACAAAGUUGUUUCACGCUCGAGCUGGAUAGCGAAGAGAACUGUGUCAUUUGCCAAGACGGAAUGAAGGAAGGGGAAAAGGUGAUUAAGUUUCCCUGCCCGGCCAAACACCAGUACCACAAGGACUGCCUGCUCCAGUGGCUGCAGCGCGGGAGUUCCUGUCCCGUGUGCCGUCAUCAAGUUCAGUCGAGGAGACAACAAGCCGCCCAUGUCUUUCGACUUGUGUUCAUGUAG